GCGGGCGUCCGGGCUCGUGCCGCUUUCAAGACGCCGCUGUCGCCUGUGGUCGUUCUCUGUCAGCCAUGGUCAACCCUACCGUGUUCUUCGACAUCGCCGUCGACGGCGAGCCCUUGGGCCGCGUCUCCUUCGAGCUGUUUGCAGACAAAGUUCCAAAGACAGCAGAAAAUUUUCGUGCUCUGAGUACUGGAGAGAAAGGAUUUGGUUAUAAGGGUUCCUGCUUUCACAGAAUUAUUCCAGGAUUUAUGUGCCAGGGUGGUGACUUCACACGCCAUAAUGGCACUGGCGGCAAGUCCAUCUAUGGGGAGAAGUUUGACGAUGAGAACUUCAUCCUGAAGCAUACAGGCCCUGGCAUCUUGUCUAUGGCAAAUGCUGGGCCAAACACAAACGGUUCUCAGUUUUUCAUCUGCACUGCCAAGACUGAGUGGUUGGAUGGCAAGCAUGUGGUCUUUGGGAAGGUGAAAGAGGGCAUGAACAUUGUGGAAGCCAUGGAGCGCUUUGGGUCCAGGAAUGGCAAGACCAGCAAGAAGAUCACCAUUACCGACUGUGGACAACUCUAAUACAUUUGACUUGUGUUUAUCUUAACCACCAAACCAUUCCUCUGUAGCUCAGGAGAGCACCCCUCCACCCCAUCUGCUCGCAAUAUCCCAUAAUCUUUGUGCUCUCGCUGCAGUUCUUUGGGUUCCAUAUUUUCCUUAUUUCCCUCCCAAGUCUAGCUGGAUUGCAGAGUUAAGUUUAUGGAUUAUGAAUAAAAACUAAAUGACA